CAUGAUUUAUUGAAUGACAUUGAAGAAAUUUUGGCUUGCAAUGAGCAUUUCCUGCUAUCAACAUGGUUAGAAGAUGCCAAGUCAAGUGCUACAAACGAUCAGGUCCGUUUUGAAUACAACGCACGAAAUCAAAUAACCUUAUGGGGUCCAAAUGGUGAAAUUGUUGACUAUGCGAAUAAACAGUGGUCAGGUAUAGUGUCAGACUAUUUUAAACCCAGAUGGACAAUAUUUUAUGACGACCUCAUUAAGGCUGUAAAGAGUAACGUUACUGUCAAUGAAAAUGCAAUGCAAAUGCGGAUUUUUAAAGAAGCUGAAGAACCAUUUACGUUUUCUCGCAAGGUGUAUCCAAGACGUUCUACAGGUCGCGCGAUCGAAGUAUCAAGGCGCAUUUUUAACGACUGGAUGGUUAUAAAAUCUGUGUUUCAGAUUUGAAUAAAUAAAGUAUUAAAUGUUAUUUUAUAUUAAACAUG